GUUCCGGGUUGCGUAGUGCAGUGAACGGGUGCAGUGCGACGUCUGUCAGAGGCAAGAUGUCAUCCACGUGUUCAGAAUAUACAAUUGGUGGAGUGAAGAUUGUGUUCCCAUGCAAGGCCUAUCCUUCCCAACUUGCUAUGAUGAAUUCAAUUAUGAGAGGAUUGAACUGCAAACAGCACUGUUUGUUGGAAAGUCCUACUGGGAGCGGGAAAAGUUUGGCAUUAUUGUGUUCUGCACUCGCAUGGCAGCAGUCUCAGUAUGGAAAGCCUGUUGACAAAGACGCAAAUGAUAAAGAGUGGAAAAAGGAAGAGCCUCAACAUUGUAGUUGCACAUGUCAUUUAAACCCUCCCCAAAAAAGCGCUGCAUCUGCUUCCACUUCUAGCGAUGGAGCUGGGUCAUCUUCUAGUGGCCUUUUGUCAACUCCAAAUGAGUCAUUCAAUCACCAAACUACACUUGCUGCAAAAUUAUCUGCUAAGAAAAAAGCUUCUGUUGCUACAGAUGAUGAUGAUGAUUUUCAGACUGAUAGAAAACGAAACCUCACUUCCCCUAGUGAGCUGCAGACGCGAAAGCGACGCUGUUUUGAGAAAGGGGUUCAUUAUAUUGAUGAUGAUGAAAAUGAUGGCAACAGCAGUUUAUCCUCUAGUUGUUGCAAACAGCAAAAACCUCCCGUUCCAUAUGCAUCUGAUGAUUCUGCAGCAUCUUCUUCAAAGCAGCACCAUGAACCUUGUAAUCUCUGCCUUUGCGGGUAUGAUAAAAAACAAGAUAAAGCUGAUCAAAAUGGUAAAAAGAAAGAAGAUGGUCAAAGGCAGAAGGUGCCUAAAAUAUAUUUUGGUACCAGAACACACAAGCAAAUAGCCCAGAUUACCAGGGAGAUGAGGAGAACUGCAUACUCUGCUGUUCGGAUGACUAUUCUUUCCAGCCGAGAUCACACCUGUGUUAACCCCAAUGUCCAUAGUAACAAGAAUGAGAAAUGCAGAGAGCUCAUUGAGGCGAAGGAUGGACCAUCAUGUCGUUACUACUACGGUGCUCAAAAGAUGAGUGAGCAGAACAUUUUGCAGUAUAGACUGGGAUUUAAUCAGGCAUGGGACAUUGAAGAGCUUGUAGGCCUUGGGAAAAGACUUCGUGCUUGCGCCUACUAUGCAGCUCGUGAACUAAUGACAGAAGCUGACAUUAUUUUUUGUCCUUACAAUUAUCUUUUGGACUCACAAAUUAGGGAAAGUAUGAAUAUUUGCUUGAAAGACCAGGUGGUAAUCCUAGAUGAGGCCCACAACAUGGAGGACUGUGCCCGGGAGUCUGCUAGUUUUAGUGUUACUGAAGCCCAGUUGCUGUUUGCUCGAGAUGAAAUAGACAGCAUGGUUAUCCAUGGUAUCAGACCCAGCGACCAUGAACCCUUACGAGGGGUUUGUUACAAUCUAAGCCAUUGGAUAAAGCAAUGUGCUGACAAUUUGGUGGAAAGAGAUUACGAAUCGUCAUGUAAAGUGUGGCACGGUAAAGAGAUUCUUUCAGUUUUCCAUGCCAUGGGUAUAACUAAUGCAACGUUUCCUAUGCUUAAGGGAAAUCUGGCUGCUGUAAUUGAAAAGGAGGAAAAGACAACCUUGCUAAAUGGACAGGAAUCUGUAGUGAAAAUUCCAACUCUUAGCCCUCCAACACAAAUGGUAUUGAAAGGACUCUUUGUUGUCUUAGACUAUCUGUUUCGUGAAAACAACAGAUUUGCAGAGGAUUACAGGAUUGCCUUGCAGCAGGUUUACACAUGGACAAACAAACAAGAUGUAGCAGAUGAAAAUGGAUUUUUUGCAAGACCAAAAAACCGGAGAAGUGUUCGUCAGAGAACUCUGCUUUACACACUAAACUUCUGGUGCUUGAACCCAGCAGUGGCAUUUUCUGAUCUAAGUGGCAAUGCUCGAACUAUUGUCCUCACUUCAGGCACAUUGUCUCCAAUGAGUUCAUUCUCAUCUGAACUAGGUGUGAAGUUUUCUAUCCAGCUUGAGGCCAGUCAUGUUAUCCAAAAAUCCCAGGUAUGGGUUGGGACAGUUGGUGCUGGUCCAAAAGGUCGUAAACUUUGUGCAACAUUUCAGCAUACAGAGACCUUCGAUUUUCAGGAUGAAAUUGGUGCCGUUUUACUAUCAGUGUGCCAGACAAUGAGCCAUGGAGUUCUUUGCUUCCUGCCUUCCUAUAAGAUGCUGGAAAAAUUAAAAGACAGGUGGAUGCACACUGGCUUAUGGGAGAGCUUAGAAAACAUCAAGACCGUCAUUAAAGAGCCGCAAGGUGGAGAUAAAGCGGAAUUUGAUAAACUGCUGCAGACAUAUUAUGAUGCAAUUCGUUUUAAAGGAGUGAAGGAUGGUGCCCUCCUGAUUGCAGUUUGUAGAGGUAAAGUGAGUGAAGGACUGGAUUUCUCUGAUGACAACGCCCGAGCUGUCAUAACAGUAGGAAUUCCUUUUCCAAAUGUUAAAGACCUACAAGUUGAACUGAAAAGGAAGUAUAAUGACCAACACUCAAAAACUAGAGGACUUCUGCCUGGCAGUCAGUGGUAUGAUAUACAAGCAUACCGAGCCCUUAAUCAGGCCUUGGGGAGGUGUAUCAGGCAUAAAAAUGACUGGGGUGCACUUAUUUUAGUUGAUGACCGUUUCAGGAGUAAUCCAAAGUAUAUAACUGGUCUGUCAAAAUGGGUGCGGCAGUUGGUCCAGCAUCAUUCUACAUUUAACAGUGCCCUGGAGUCUCUGGUAGCUUUUUCUACAAAUCAGCAACAGCUGGUCCAGAUAUCAAGUGUGGUCAGUGAUGAUAUGCGUCCUCAGGAACCUUCUCUUUCCACCAAUGAUAGCAUUAUCAGUUCUUCACUGCUGGAAGUCUCUAUUCAUCCUUCUGACAGUGUUUUACAACAUGCAGAAGAGACCCUUUCUACACCCAUCCGUGCCUCCCAACCAUCUGUAAUUACAAUUAUCUCUAGUUCUGACCAGUCAGGAUCUGAUGAAGAUAAAAAAGACAGAAAUAAAGGUGAUUUUAAUGUUUUUAGAGCCCAGAGGUCUAAAAAUACAAAUUUUAAAAGAGAAAAAGGGUUUCCAACUAAAAAGCAAGUGACCGAGAAAUCUGAGAAGCAGAAACUGAUCCUCACAAAGCAGAAGUCAUCUUUCUACUCUUUCUUCAUCAGCAGUCCUCUCACCUCAACUCCUCUUCCCUCUUCUUCAAGGAGAGACACCUACCAAAAUGCUAAUCUUGAGGUUGGAGCACUUGAGGGAAGAUGUUUAGCCCCAUCUAACAAACUGACUUUGGAUGCACCUGCCUCCACCAGUAAUGGAGACUGUGUUCAAAAUGUGUGUAAUGUCACUCCACUGUUUUGUGACAAUACAAAUGAUGUUAAUAAUGUACUAGAAAAAACUGAGAUAACUGAGGAAGAGGAUGAGGAUGUCACCAUCCAUUUUACUCCUGAACUUUUUGACAAUGAGAUUCAGAGGCACAGUCCUGAUAUGAAGGGAGCAGACAACUUUAUGCUGUUUCCAUCUGAUGAUGGUUGCAUUACACAUAAUGAGGACCACAACAGUGAUGGCAAAGAGAGAGGGUCAGAAAAUGAUUUAAACACUUGUAAUUUUAAUACAAUAGUAGAUAAAGUGGCUGUGUUACCAAGUGAACAUUCUGUUGAUGCACAGGGAGAGAAGAAAAGAAGAAAUAGACUUUCUAGGUCAAAGAAUAAAUCCUUUGAUCUUAAGUAAAUGCACUGCAAUGAAUAAAGCCAUACCUUACAACAGAACUUUUUUGUGGCCUAUGAAGGGUAGAGGGACACGUAUGCCAUUUUGAGAUAUUCCUGAUUAGACCCGGGACGUACACCCAUUUUGACUACAAAUGUUGAGAGGCAAGUAAAAUGCUAUGCUGUCCUGAGAAGGAGAUACUGAGCACAUAGAUAUUUUGUUUCAUUUGAUCUACUACCAGGGCACAGGGUCCUUUAACAUGUCCCAAUAACGAGCAGUGAUGGACAUGGACAAGUCUGUUGAUCAGCACCUGUUUAAAAGGCUUUUUUUUUUUUUUUUUUUAUAUAUACACACAGGCUGAUGGAAAGUGCAUGUAGGAUAAGCGGUUGUUACCUUAAGCAGUCAUCCCCCAUACUUUUACACUGUUGGCAGCUCAUCUGUUUCAUCUUCUGUUCUUCCAACUAGCAGGCAUUUCCAUACUCGCAGAAAUAAUCCAACAAAUGAGCAUUUGCUCUUUUGUCAGUUGAUCGCUAGGGCAUUUACACGAGUGUGAGUGUUCAUAUGAACGUUUGUUUCAAGUAACUGACCAAAUCUUCUACUUGUGUAAAAUGAUCUUAGAGAAACCCCUUGAGUAUGGCUUUAUCUGCCCACAAAAUGUGUAUACAGGGAGAACUGACAGGUACCGUGUGGGCAGGGGCAGUGGGACUCGAUGACUUUACAUCAUGGUAGCAUUUACAAUGCUUUUUGAAUAUGAUUAUUGAAGGAAAUCAGUGAAGGUAAGGAUUUGCUAAUGGAUUUCUGUACAUUAUUGGACUGAACAUGCAUGUUGCUAACCAUUGGCUGAAUGGUGGAACCACUAAAUACACAUAUAAUAAAGUAACCAACAUAACUGAAAAAAUGACUCUGUGCUCACCUUCAGAUAUUCUAGAGGCAUUGAGAGAACCAGUUGCUACGUUACCUCUUUCGGAUUGCUGUAAAUAUGUGUAUUAGUAUGGGAGCAUGGUAUCUGGAACUUUACAGUGGUAUAGUGACUAGAGAUGAGCGAAUUUCAUAUUUUGAAAUUCUCUCACGCUUUGGUGGUAAAAGCAGAAUUGCGUUAUGGAU